AUGUUUCCUAUUGACGAAUCCAUCAAGUCUUCGAGAACUUCCACUUUGUUUGACAGCUUGGAGAUGUCUCUUAAAGAUAUUCAGGACAACAUUGAAAGAGUAGUUAAGGACCGGGAAGACAAUCUUGUUGAAUUAAAGCAACAGCAUUUAAAAAGCUUAAAUGAUAUAAAAGACACAAGACAAAAAAUAAACUCCCGCUUAGAUGAAUUAGAGAAACACAUGAUAGACAACUUGAAAACAACUGAAACACAACUUAAACUCAAAAUUGAAACCCUCCUAAAAAAGCUAUCCGAAAAAAAGAACGAGAUCGAGAUUUUGAAGACAAAUCUAAUGUCCGUAAAACAACAUGGAUCCGAUCUUCAGGCUUUCAUUGGUAGUAGAAUGUUAGAAAGGGACGUCGCUGAGGAGAUAAAAUACGUAAAAAACAUAUCAAUAGAUGAUGGAUUUAGCCAAUUAGGUCUGAAAUGCCAGAUAGACGAUAAGAUUAUAGACAUACUAUCAAAAAUUACUGGCUUUGGAUCAAUAAAAAUUGAAAAAAGUAAAUCGCCAAUCGUCAUUGGCGACGUUCAUCAAAAGCAGGCUCAGAUUUUCAAGGCAGUUCAACCACGUAGUAAAUCUAUUGAUGACAUUACUGCAUCAUUAAUAGGAGAUGUCAAGGUUCCAGCAGGACAUAAGUUAACAUGUAUAACAGGAUUGUCAGUCUUUCCUGAUGGAAGGAUAAUAUUUGCGGACUGUCAGUACAAUAAGAGAUUAAUUAUUGUACAAAGUGAUGGAAAUUUAGAUACUGAAAUACCUCUCCAUCCUCUAAAACCGUUUGAUGUUACAUGCAUUGAUGACAAAACGGUAGCUGUUACAAUUUUUAACUUCAAUAAAAUACAAAUCAUAGACACAAUGACCAAACAAGUUACCAAAACAUUCAACACAGGCUCUGGUCGAGGUAUUACAUACAGACAGGGACAGAUUAUAUACUGUGAAAAAGGGAAAGGGAUCGUAUGGAUCCAACUGUCAAACUAUAAAAUACGUAAACUUGCAUUUGUCAAGGAUUGCACCAUACAAAACGAGUGUAGUUACAUAGCAACCUCAAGUGAGAUUCUUUACUAUACGGAAAAUGAUUCUACGGUAAAAUGCUACAGUGUAAGUGGAGACAAACUUUGGGAAUACAAGAACGAAUCAAUUAUGAGUGGUCCUACUGGAAUAGCUGUUGAUCAACACGGCAUCGUUUACGUGAUUUCGAAUAACAAACGUGUCGUGGUGAUAUCAGCAGAUGGUGAAAACAGCAGAACAUUACUCACUGCAAAAGAUGGAAUUCAGGAAUCAUUCGGAAUUUAUUUUCAUACUAACAAACUGUAUGUCGUGUCCAGCAAUGGGGUCCUCCUCAAAUUUGACAUGGCAUAA